AUGUAGAACGUAAGUGAACGGCAGUCAGAGUUGAGUAGCCUCCGAUAGGAAUAUGAACGAAGUGAACCCACAGAAUCAAGAUGCCAGGAUUUCUCCGGAAGGAACCUCACUGCCCGGUGACGAGCGACAUUUGCUGGCGUCUUCAAACAUUAAAAUGAUCAGAAAGUACGUACCCGUCUUGACCAAAUCCAAAGCGUCAUGCGCCUCGAGAAGAUUGCGAUUCGUGUAUCUUAUAUGUGGGUGCCUGUUGUUUGCAAUAUCUCUGGUAUUGAUGGUGGCCGGUACCAUUAGAGUCAACCAAUGCAACAGGGAUGAAGAGGUGGCUUGGAGUGAGCGCUUUAUCGAGGAAAAUGUCGAUCAAUUUAUUGCCACAAACAACUUCGCUCUUGAAAAACCAACAAAACAGAGUUCUGACCGCGUGACAACAGCUGCCGAUGGGUACUCUAGGUUAGCAGUGGAUGGAAACAGCGAAACGUGUUCACAGACAGAUGAGGAAAUAUCGCCAAGCUGGUGGGUUGAUCUACAGGCUAUCCGACCAAUCGAGGCUGUGAUAAUCAAAGGCCCUAAUGCAGGUCUUCAAAAUAUAAGUAUAUCGAUUCAGAAGACAGAACCAAGUUUCGCCGAUGUCAAUUCCAAGAGUGGGGCACUUUGUUAUCGACAGAGUGAGAUCUCGAAAUCAAUCAUUACUAGCUGUGGCCAAAACACAGACGGAAGAUACGUGGUGAUUCGAAAGGAAACAAAUGAAAACAAUGCUCAGGCAUUGGUGCUGUGUGAAGUCCUUGUAACACAGAGGGUCUAGCUUGGGGGUUUUUUUUGCUUUAUAUUUGCUUUUGUUGUCUUUCGUGAAAACAACCAAAGAGAAAAUAACAACCAAAUCAAACGAAUCAAUAGCGAAAAAAAAUUACUGCUGAAUUGGAAGAUACAAAUCGACCGAUUCAAAUAAUGAAACAUCAGGCGAAAAAACUUUUUUUCCCCAUUUAUUGGAUUGCAACCACAUCAGAAUGUGUUGUCUUAUGGUGUCAUAUGCAUGUUACUCGAUCAAUUUAAAAGAAAAAGCGCCCCAAAAUGAUAGACAAAAGUCUGGGAUGAGAUAAGACGUGUUCACUAGGCGUCAAAGCAGUUUAAUUAUAGUAACACAGCCUGCCUAAAGGUUACUACGUAUAAGAUGCGAUUGAAACGCAAUAGAAUAAAGAUGUCACCAAAAAACCAACGUUACAUUCAGUUCUUGGUAUCAGCACGAUUUUAGUGCAACUUUGAGUGCAAUAUGAUACUAGUUUUCGCAAUGUUUUACUACAUUGAUUAGUUAUGGCACGUGUUUGAUAUAACUUACGAUUCAUACACCAAUCUUCUUGAUGAUGAAUAUUAAUAUUAGCCUAAUAUAAUGUUAGUUAAACCUGUUUUCUGUGUUUUGUUCUUUGUGUUAUCUAUUAACUUUGUCUUUCAUUAAAAAUUGAACUGUUUGUUUCAAUUAAGAUUCUUUUCAAUGUA